AUGACCCUCGGCAUGGUCAUCGUGACCUUCGAUACCGCCGAAGACGCUGACAACGCGGCAACCGCACUGGAUGGCAUGAGCCUCGACAAGUCCCACACUUUCAAGGUGGUCAAGAUGGACAAGUUCGACGAGAUCGUAAAUCGCGAUGAGGAUUCCACGUUCAGAGCAGUGAAGAGCUUGAGUACCUUCUCGCGGUGCGAUUUCCGGGAGUGGCUGACCGACGCGAAGUGCCGCGAGCAGCUGCUGAUGCGGUACCAGGCGGAGACUGAGAUCUAUUGGCACGACACCAUGAAUGGGCAGCCGUUGCUCUGCUAUGGUGGCGAGCGAGAGAAGGCUGCGGGGAAGAUCUGGUGCGACUGGCGG